AUGGUGGAUGAUGAAGAGGAUGAGGCGAGUUGUUGUAGCUAUGUCCGGGGGAGUGGACAGCGCAGUUGCUGCGUUUUUGAUGAAGAUGAAAGCGAAAUGCUGUCGGAUAUUGAAAGAGGCCUGACUCCUAACCCCGAUGUAGUGUGCAAUCAGAAGAUCAAAUUUGACAAGCUAAUGAAAUAUUCGCUGGAACGAUGCGGUGCUGAUGCCUUGGCGACAGGUCAUUACGCUAGAACCAGUUUCGGGCCAGACUUGGAAUUUUAUGAUCCUAUAAGAGGCGUGAAACUGAUGAAAGCGAGAGAUCUGAAAAAAGAUCAGACUUUCUUCUUGUCUCAAGUUCAGCAAUCGGCGCUUCAACGCACCUUUUUCCCUGUUGGGGGAAUGUUGAAGAGUGAAGUGAAGCAGCUUGCCAUCGAUAUCGGUUUAAGUCGUCUCGCGCAAAAGGCCGAAAGCAUGGGCAUUUGUUUCAUCGGUCCGCGAAAUUUCCAGAGCUUUAUUUCUGAGUAUGUGAAUGCUCGAGACGGGAAUUUUGUGAAUUUGGAAAACGGUGAAGUCGUUGGAAAGCACAGUGGAGUUCAUCUUUGGACGAUCGGUCAACGAUGUCGAAUAGGAGGCCUCCCUGAGCCGUUUUUUGUUGUAGACAAAAACCCUGCAACACAGGACAUACUCGUGGUACCCGGUGAAAAUCAUCCAGCGUUGUACACGUUGAGUUUAUUCCUGGAAAAGCCGCAUUGGAUACACAGUCCUCCGCGGAAGUUGCAUGAUUGUGUAGAAUGUGCCAUUUGUUCGAGAUACGGACAUCCGAGCGUUGGUUGUUACGUUUCUACGGCUAGUGGUUCAUGCCUCGUGGUGCAAUUACGAGUGCCAUUGCGUGCUUACGGGGUGUUCUAUCGUGGCGAAGAAUGCCUUGGAAGUGCGCGGAUUUUACGUCCGGGUCCAUCCCUGUUCAUGUCGGACCGAAUGAAGAAAAAGAAGUUGAUUUUGGAUGAAAAAGACGUGGAAUUCAUGCCCAUUUUCCCUGGAGAUGCUGGAAUGCCUUCGGAGAGCCGUUGA